UUGCUGGUAACAGGAUAUUGUUGUGGAUUGAAAAUGCCUCGUUAUGAUGAUCGACAUGGUAACACUCGUCUUUAUGUUGGUCACUUGUCUUCAAGGACGCGUUCGCGUGACUUGGAGGGGCUCUUCAGCAGAUAUGGGAGGUUUCUGGGCGUUUCCCUAACCUGGUGGUCAAUGGUGGGAGGGUGGUCCUGGUGGAAUUUCUUGCCGAAUGUCUAGGAGACUUUGACGAUUCUUUCUGUAGUCUUAUUGCGUGUUUUUAUGGAAUUGGCAACAAUCUCAAACUGGUGUUUAGUUCGUCUUGAGGGGCGAAGUGUCAUACACUUCAGUACUUAAUGAUGGCCUUACUGUUUUGGCAACCAUUUCCGCAGAGUACGAGAUGUGGAUAUGAAGCACGACUAUGCCUUUGUUGAAUUUAGUGACCCCCGAGAUGCUGAUGAUGCAAGAUAUGGAUUGAAUGGGAGGAGAUUUGAUGGAACUCACAUCGUUGUUGAAUUUGCAAAGGGAGUGCCACGCGGUUCAAGAGAAUAUCUGGGCAGAGGUCCUCCUCCUGGAUCUGGAAGGUGUUUCAACUGCGGCCUUGACGGUCACUGGGCUCGAGAUUGCAAAGCUGGAGACUGGAAGAACAAAUGUUACCGCUGUGGUGAUAGGGGCCACAUAGAGAGAAAUUGCCAGAAUAGUCCCAAAAAGCUCAAACGUGGACGGAGUUACUCACGAUCGCCCUCUCCUCGUCGCGGUAGAAGUCGAAGCUACAGUCGAAGCCGUAGCUACAGCCAAUCACGAUCUCCACGAAGGGAACAUGGAGAGAAACGACCAAGGAGCUACAGUAGAAGCCCUGAGCCGAGUAGGGGAACUCCACCUCCUUCAAAAGCAAGGAAGCGCAGCCCAACACCUGAGGAGGUGGAAGAUGUUGUCAGCGGAGAGAGGAAUAGCCCUUCUCCUAAUGGAGAGAGGCUAGCAAGUGAGAGCCCCCGAGCAAAUAGCGGAAGCCCUGAAAGGGAUAGUCCUGCUGCUGCUGGGGGGUAUCAGAGCCCUGAAAGAGAGAGUCCUGAUGGUGAGAGGUAUGAGAGUCCUGAACGGGAUAAUAGUCCGGCUGCUGCUGGAAGGUAUCAUAGCCCAUCUGAAGCUAAUGGCCACGGCCACAGCCGCAGCCCUAGCCCUCGGGAUGACCACAGCCCUGUUGAUGGUGAUGAAGACGAUGACGAUGAUAACCGCCGUUCCCCAAGAGGGAGUGAAUCCCCUUAAUUCGUGUACGUUAAGCUUUUGCAGUGAAACUUGCGAUGCGACCCCCAUUUUGCUCUGUUUUCUGGUGUUGUAAGACUUGAAUAAUCUGGAGAGCGCAUAUUGUGAAUUUUGAUUUCAAUAUUCUUGUAGGUUGGUUUGUUUUUUAUAGUUUUACGCUUAUGUUAUCUGUGACGAUGUGAUGAUUAAUUAGCUGUCCCAUGGUGAUGAAAUAAUCAGGUUCUUCUACUUGAUCAGUAA